UUUUUUGCCAUCUGUCCCUGAUUUGUGUUUUCUCUGACCUCUCGGGGGGGUCACUGACGGAACAACGUCUGGGGAACUUCCACAUAUCUAGGUGGUGUACUUUUUAAUUUGAUGGAAUACGUUUUAGGUUGCUCUUGGUGUCAGAGUUGAUUUUAUGUAAUAUAAAUCUGUUUUUUCCGAUGGCGUUUUUGUCUGACCUGUUCUCGGGCGGGGGGGAGAGGGGGGGUUCUGUUUACCUGUGUGCUGGCACUGCAGUAUGGUUUGGGCAUGGGAGUUCAAAACUGUAUGGUGUGAAGAGUUUGGCGUUAACAUACAAUUUAUUUUGCACACGCAAUGUGUGAUCUAUAAUUCACUGGUGCAGCUCAGCAAAGGGAUUUUUUAUUUUAUUUGUAAACGUUUCCGUUUUUAUAACGUGAGGAGAAAUGAUCAAAGUUGUCUCAGGAGGAUAGUUUGCUCUGUAACUGAGUUCCAUGCAGUGGAGGCAGUCCCACAUGCUUGUUAUUAUGAGGCCAAUAUAAACAGUAAUGAUAACUUUACACAUAGUUAUUACCCAUGUGUGGGUAAUGGAAUGAAUACUUUCCUUUUUUAUUUGAUACUUUCCCUAAACUGCAAUAUAAUGUAGAAUUUCUCACAGCCUUUGCUGACUUUUCAUCAAAUAAACAAUCUUCAAAACUGAUUUGACAGAAAAUGGUUAGCAGCAGUACUGAACGGCAAACAACUGUUGGUGUUACCUCCGCCUGGCCAACGCCGCCACCUAGUGGAUAUUCUUGAGUACUCCUAUAUCGUUAUGAAACUGGAGGCCUACUUUGUUUUGAUCAAUGAUGCUGGAUCCGUUUUGAUUGGCAAUCCCAAAAUAUUGUUAUACGACUGAAUUAUGGAGGAAAAGUAGCAAGUAUUAAAGCAGGCAAGGAAUCUAGUAGGCAUAGUUGGGAUUUUGUUUUCAAUACAUGUUCCUUGUUAUUAAUAGGAAGAAAAGCCAGCACUUGAUUUCCUGGGUAAAGCAGUCAUAUCUAUUUGUGUUUUAGCUGCCUAUUAUUGUUAUGAUUAAGAAAAAUCUGUACUAAAGUGACAGAACAUGUGACCUCAAAAUGGGACAAUAAAGGUCAUCUUGAAAAUAGCUGGAAAAUUACAAUCUUGUCUUUUCUCCUCAAAGCAAAAUUCAUGAAGACCAGUUAUUAAAGGUUUAAGUUGGUUGUUUGAAUGAAAAUGAAGCACAUUAGUAACCAAUGUGCUUUUACCUUGCAUUAAUCGACGGUAUAUGUUAUCCAUAUUUUAUCUACUUUCUUGUUUUGAUUCUUAUCACGCUAUUGGUUCCCUUUUCAGUUUCUGAUUUUCUGAUUUGUUUCGGUAUACAUGUUAGACUUCGAUAUCUGCCCUUUUGACAACUUCUUUAUGAGACUUAUUUGGUUCAACUUGAUAUCAUUGACCAAAAUAUCAUUGAUGAAUGCAAAACAAACUAUGACCUAAAUGACCCGAGGUUAAAAUAAGCUUACCAAUUAAUAAGGCAAGGCUAAAUGUGUUGUUUGUGCUUUAUAAUACUUAUGUCUGUAAAAAUAAUAUUGCAGUGUAGUUAUAUAACCUCAUCUAUAUUUAUACGGUUGUAGAAAUUCUUUGCUAAAGUCAAAGUACCCUGGCCCCUGUAGAAAAACUUAUUGCGUUUUUUGAUAACACACAGAGACCAAUGUGGUCAAAAGCAAGUCACAAAGUGGUGUUGACCUUCUGACGCAGAUAAUUGCUUCACUUCCGAUCUUAUCACGCAUCUCUAGUUCCCUAAAAGGAUUCCUCUCUUCCUGUUUGUGUUUGUUUACGUCCUUCCACGCAAGAAGUAGAGCGCUGCAAGGAUUUCCUGUAUAGGGCGGCGGACGGAUACAACUCUGCCGACGCACUCCGGUCGAAUCCGAGGAGAUUUCCCUGAGCGGCGGAGUGAUCCGAGCAGUUCCAAGUCAAUGUGGAUCCGCAGCCAGGGAGAACAUGGCGACUUCACUGCAUGAGGGGCCCGCAAACCAACUCGAUCUGCUCAUCAGAGCAGUGGAGGCGUCUGUCCAUGGCAGCCGUCUCCUUUGCUCGGACAAGACCAUCGAGGCUGCGGAGGCUCUGCUGCACAUGGACUCUCCCUCCAGCCUCAGGGGAGGCCGCAGUCCAGAUGCUUUUGUCCCGCCGUGCGUCGCCACGCCGGACUUCCUGCACGCCGCCAUGCGGCCCGACAUGAUGACGGAGUCGGAGGUGGAGGUGUCCACCGAGGACUGCUGUGAGGAAGAGGAGGAGGAGGAGGAGGAAGAUGAAGAAGAGGAGGAGGAGGAAGAGAUGGAGACGCAGGAGGAACCCGAGCCAGAACCCGUGAGGAAGAGAAAAGUGGGACGAAAGGCCAAGUCGGCUAACGUCAGCGGCUCCCCGGACCUCGGCGUCAAGAAGAAGCCAAGAGAGGGGAAAGCGGGUAGCACCACCUACCUGUGGGAGUUCCUGCUGGAGCUGCUGCAGGACAAGAACACCUGCCCCCGGUUCAUCAAGUGGACCCAGAGGGAGAAGGGCAUCUUCAAGCUGGUGGACUCCAAGGCCGUGUCCAAGCUGUGGGGCAAACACAAGAACAAGCCCGACAUGAACUACGAGACCAUGGGCCGAGCCUUACGGUACUACUACCAGCGAGGCAUCCUGGCCAAGGUGGAGGGCCAGCGGCUGGUCUACCAGUUCAAGGAGAUGCCCAAGGACAUCGUGAUCAUCGACGACGACCACGCCGACGGCCACGCCGCCGAGCUCGUCGCCUUCUCGCCGGCGCCGGCGGCGGCGUACGAGCGCGUCCCCCCCCCGCCGGACAUGCUGCUCCAGGUGACGGAGGUCUCCUCCUCCUCCAGCAGCAAGAAGCCCAACAUCCUGAGGGGCGGCGGCCGGGCGGGCGCCGUCGCCGCGGCGAUGGCGGCGGCGGCGGCGCACACCCCCGCCGCCGGGGACAACAAGGCGGGGGCGCUGGGCAGGGGAGGGGCGGUGGCCAUGGCGGCCGGCGGCCCCCGGAUGGUGACGGUGUCCGGCGCCGACGGGAGCCAGAUGCAGCACUCGCACACGGCCAUCAUCCCCACAGCCUCGGGGCCCAGGACGGUGAGGGUGGCCAUGCAGAUGCCCGUCGUCAUGGCGACGUCCAUGGGCCAGAAGAUCUCGACGAUGAGCUUGGGGCGGGGGCCCGGGACCCCCGGACACCCCACCCUCCUGACCAACGGCUCCCCCAUCGGCACGGCGACCGGCAGCAGUGGCUCCUCCCAGCAGAAGGUCAUGAUCCAGACCCUCCCCACCAUGGUUCCGGCCACGGCGGAGAACGGCGACAAGAUCACCGUGCAGCUGGCCAAGAUCAUCACCAUCCCCUGCCAGCUGCAGGCGCCCGGGAGCUGCACGGGGGGGCGCCACUCCCAGGCCGGCCUCAGCCUCUUUGGGGGCCCGCUCACCGUGCGCGCCCUGGCCCCCGUCACCAUGGGCCCCGGCACGCAGGUGGUGCGGCUGGCCGUGCCCUCCCAGGGCCACCCACAGACUCUGGUGUCCGCGGCGGGCGGGGGCGUGGCGGGCGCCGUGGUCACCGUGUCCACGGCCAGCCAGACCAUCCAGGCGCCCCCGCACAUCAUCAGCGGCAUCAUCAAGGCCGCCGACCUGGUGAUGGGGUAUCGGGCCCCCGGGGGCCCGAAGGCGGGGUCCGUCCCGGCGCCGGCUGCGGCGGCCCCCCCCCAGCAACCGGCCGAGGACGAGAGGAAGACGAAGGAGGUGGUCUUCGUCCAGAGCAUCGUUAAGGCAGAGGAGGUCGAAUGUCCAGUGUGAGUGUGAGCCUGGUUGUGUGUGUGUGUGUGUUUGUUUGAGUGUGUGCGUGUGUUUGUGAGGGGGGGGGGGGGGGGGGGGGAGGGGGGCAGCAGCAGCAGCAGCAGCAGCAGGAGGUAUCUGUUUCGUAGUGAUUUGUGCGAGUGUGUUUGCAUUUGCAUCAAUCGAGGUCUUCUCUUUCAACAUCUCAAUCGUCUGGGAGCCGCCCCCCCCCCCCCACCCCCCCACCCCCCACCCCCACCCCCACUCACACACACUCUCUAAACCAAGACGUUGAUGUAACCAGCAACAGUCUGCGAGACUGAAGCCCCCCUCCAAGCUCUUGGACCUUGCUCCACCCCCCCCCACCCCCCCCCCUUUCACCACCUUUUGAACCUCCAGUUUUUUUUUACCACAGACUCAAUUCCUCAGUACACGGGCAGCCUAGGCACCACGGUGUACAACAUCGCUAAGCUAACGGGACCAAACAGAAUCACUACAGUUCUGCCCAUUUCACCGUGACAAACAAUGUCCUGAGGGAGGGGGGGGGGGGGGGCGAGAGAAAGGGGGGGGGAGACUGAAAUGUAACACUACAGUAAGAGGUGAAAUAGUUGGAGCCAGCCAAAAUGUCGACUGACGCGCAAAGAACAAACAAUGAGCAUAGUUUGCGAGGCCGUUGGGUUGUUGUACAGAAAAGGUUUGGUUUUGACCAAAUGUCGAAACCAGCAUAUUAUUGUUCGUAAGCCUCUCUGAAAACCUCCCGCAGACUGACUGGCCGGCACUGCCGAAGCCCCGCAAUCGUUUCAGAGAAGCAAGAGCCAACUUAAACUUUGUGUGCACGUGUGUAUAUAUUAUAUAUCUGCUAUACAAUGUACAACUUACGAUAACAGAAAAAAAGCCUUAGUUUAAUUUGACCUUUUUACAUGUACUGUCUGUACAGUAUUGUUUCCUUCAUGACUUGUACCAAGCGCAGUAUUAGUACUGACUCCAGUUUUUGUUUUAGUUUGGACAAAUCCAUCUUCUUUCUUUCUAACAAGGAGACAAAACACCCCCUGUCGAAUCUCGCUACUUAGUUUAUCCGCGCACGGUUUGGAUCGACCACAUACGUUGGGACUUAUUUAGGGUUAAUAAUGAUAUGUUUUAUUUCAUGACGGCGGUGGCUUAAAAAAAAAAAAGGGGACAUUUUGCCUUUUGGAAUUUUGCAAAGACAGGCCCCUGGAUGUAUUAAGCUUAUUUGUUUAUCGGACGACCACUAAAAUGAUUAACGCCAGCGUAAGAACCAGUUGACGUUUACCUCCUUCAGAGGGGAGGUCUUUUGUACCUUGUUUAGACUCAGUCCUUUAACAUUUUCUUUUUUGGUUUUGUUUUCCUCUCCUUUUUUGCAAUCUUAAAAAAACGAAAUCUGGAUAUAAGAGAGAAAGAUGUUCAGACUGAACUGUUUGUAUAUUCAACAUUUGAAGUAUAUUCUAUUUUGUUGUACUCUUGUUUCAAAGUGUAUUCAUGUAGAUUUUAAUGAUAUAAAGACAUUUGAAUCCUUAA